AUGGCUGGGAAACGACACUUAGAGGACCUGGACCCUGUGGCCUACAACAAGUUACCUCGGCUGGAGACAGAGCCAAAUUGUGUCCUCCCCACGGGCUUGUGUAAAUCGAGCCCCAUGCCUAGUCAUGGCUCUGAAAACCAUUUCAGCUACAAGGGAACCUACUUUGCUUACCCGCUGCAAAGCCCUGAUGGGCUCGAGUCUCUGACCCACUGGAGUCCAGCCGCAUCUUACAUGCAAUAUCCAGGUAAUGCUGUCAGCCAGCACAUGAGGACAGAUGGUGCGCUGAUGAACUGCCUGCUGUACGGACGAGAAGCUGAGAGCCUGGCGGUAAGACUACGGAGCUCCGGUGCUGACAAAGGGAAGGACAGCAUGGUCCGAGACCACCUGGUUGUUCAGGAGAAGUGGGCAAAUCAUAUGCAGCAGGCUCAGGGCCAUGCUUUCCCAGUGCAAAAACCUGAGCUCCUAAACAAAACAGUUGCUCAGGCACCUACAGGCUAUGCCACCUUGGCAGUGCCCAAGCCAGUUUAUAGAAACCCUGUUUGCUAUGUGGACCCCAGGGCUUCUAUGUCCUUACAAACUCAGAUGGAGAGCAUGCAGAAGAGGCCGUUGGAAGUGGAAUGGACUGUACCAACCCCAGUAUCCUCAGGGCACCAUAUCCACGCAAAAGACCAGUCUUGUGGGACUGCUUUACCCAAGAGAGCCCAUCACCCUGAUCCCAGCUUCCUGCAGUUACACCAAGGCACAGGGGUUCCCACUAAAGAGAUGGUAGCAGCCUCUGUAGGCUUUCCACCUUACCAUGGAGCAUUUGAGAAAUACAGAGUACAUCAAAGCACCUCCUUUCUUGAAGCAAACUACCCUGCUGUGUACAACAACCAGAAAAGGGUCAAAGAUGUACAUGGCAGCAGCUUAUCCCAACAUACAUGGUCCAAGCUACAGCCUUCCGCUGCCAGCCCACUGGCCCAUUCCCAAACAGCAGCCUAUCGGGAUAGAUCUCCAGCCUGCUACUCGGUGUCUCACUACCCAUUGACCUCACACAAGCAAACGUUUCUUUAUCAGGAGGCCCCUCAUGCUGAGGAACAGAAUGGCACUCUGUCGACCUUGCCAACUGCAGGUGGCUACAAAGGAACCAACUUUCCAGGAAGUGGGGAACCUCGGCCCUUUUCUAGCACUUACCUGAGGCAUCAUUCCCCGAGAGGCUAUUACGCCAGCCCUCUGGAGAGCUAUGUGUAUAGACCAGCUGGUCCAAUUCCAGUGGCCUCUCCAGCUUUGAAGCCUGGAGUUUCUUCUAGAGAACCUGAGCUCCAGCAGAAUUCCAGCUGCAAAGUGGACUAUCUGCAGCAGAACCCCAGUUUUGUUUUUGCACCUUCUGACAUGGCUUUGUACAAUGCCUCCUUAGCCAAUACGGAUGCUGGUCAUGAUCGGCACAUUGAUAGCAGAGUAGCUACUCCUAAUGGGACUCAAUCGGUGAGGGAGAACCCCAGAAGCAAAGAGGUGGCUAGCCAGUACAGUGCUUUCCAACUGAUUGGUGCUCUAGAUAGGCUAUCCAACAGCUCCGAAAGGCUCACUGAAGCACUACCUAAAGGAGAGCCAGGCUAUGGCUUGGGCCUGUGUCAGACAGAACAACCCAGCCUGCAUGGAAAGGAACAAUCCCACUCGGAGAGAAGAUCCAGCUUAUCCAUGAAAGAGCCUAUGCACAGAAACACAGGGAUUCAUGAAGCUCAGUUAGGAGCUCCCAUUGUCAUUACUGAUAGUCCAGUUACGUACCACCACAAAAAAGGAGAAGCCCCCAAGGUCAAAGGCAGGCUUGUUUCCUCACCCCAGGUCAUUUCUUCUGAGGAGGGAUUGAAAAGCCUGAGAGAUGCAGAUUCUACUCCCUCCUCCCCGCCUAUGCCAGUUAUCAACAAUGUCUUUAGCCUGGCACCUUACCGGGACUACAUAGAAGGGUCCAAAGGGUCGGCAGGGAUUCCCUUCUCAAAAGAUCAUCAAGAGGAAGAGUCCCCCUUCCGAAACAGCCUGGCAAGUGGAGACUGUAAGGCUGUCUCAGAGCCACCUUCUGCCAAGGAUUCAUCAGAAAAGCCUAUUGGGAAAGAAGCAACCCAGGCCCUAAAAGCAGAGAUGGAGAUGGGUGAAAACCUCAAUGCGAUACAGCAGGAUGGAAGCUGUAACAGCAGGAUUUGUGAGAUCUACAAGCCAAAGAUUCUGCCACGCAGACUGCCAGCAAGAAGUGAGUCACAGAACGGCAGCAUCAGUGCUCCAGCUGCCACUGGGAACCGGGAACUUGCUCAAGAUGAUGUAGUGCUAGAUCUCAGCUUGAAAAAAGAGCUAGUGAAGGCCAAUGAUCCUCUGAGCCCAGCUGGACAGACUGAGGUGACUCCUAAAGGAGGAUGUGGUGAGGAGGCGGCGAAAGAGGGACCACUCAAAAAGCAGAGGGUGUUCAAGAGUUCCAAGACCCAGGCCUUGCCUUUGUCAGUGGAAAAUAGCUCAGGGGACAAGAGCAACUUCCAGAGCUCGACAGCCUUCAUGUUCAAAAAAUUCAAAAUCUCGAAAUCUAUCCCGACACGAGCAGUGCCCCCAAUACAGGCCAACAGCCCCCCAGCAGCCACGCAGGGCCCCCCGGCAGCCCCCGAGGCCAAUAGUCCCCUGGCACCCAAGCAGGGUCCCCCGGCAGCCCCCCAGGCCAACAGCCCCCUGACAGUGAUGCAGGGUCCCCUGGCAGCCACCCAAGCCAACAGUUCCCCAGCACCCACCCAGGGCCCCCCAGCAGUGACGCAGGACCCUCCAGCACCCGUCCAGGCCAACAGUCCCCCGGCAGCGACGCAGGGCCCCCCAGCAGCCACCCAGGCCAACAUCCAACCCUUGCAGAUGACGUGCCUUUAUCUGAAACUUCCCGACAUUUCAAAGUCUCUGUCCCCCAGUGCCCCAGAGGCCUCCCCAGCACUGGGCGAGGCCAACGUCUCGCUGCCCAGCAACUGUGAAUCCCCUGCCCAGCAGACUUCAUCCAGCCAAUAUUUCACUGCAUUACACAUAUCUCUCUGCAACAGGAUUUCAUAUUUUGUGUCCGGAACAUCUCCAGAGCUCCUUGAGCAGUGGCUGAGGAGGGUGGAGCUGGAUGGAGAGCAGAAAGAGAGCUCGAAAUCUCCCCUCAAACCCAAGAAUGGUUCCCGGAUCCUGGAAGCUCAGAAAGCCUCCAAAGGCAAGGAGAUCUGGCUGGGUUUCCAGGAUAUCAGCAUGCUCCUCAGCAAGCUGCUGUCUCAGUUGGAGACCUUCAUGUUCACUCGCAAGUGCCCCUUCCCACAUGUGGUUCGAGCAGGUGCCAUCUUCAUCCCCAUUCAUGUGGUGAAGGAGAAACUGUUCCCCAAGCUUUCUGGAGCAUCUGUGGACCACGUGCUGCAGGAGCACAAGGUGGAGCUGCGCCCCACCACCCUGUCUGAGGAGAAGCUUUUGAGGGACUUAGAGCUUAAGUGCUGUACUUCCAGGAUGCUGAAGCUGCUCGCCCUGAAACAGCUGCCUGACAUCUACCCAGACCUUCUGAAUCUCCACUGGCAUGACUGUGUCAAGCACUAUCUUGGUGAACCUGGUGCAGGGACUCUGACAGAUGAAGGCAAAGCAGUAGCAGUGGAUUAUGUGAAGAAGAAAGCAACUGGGGGCCUGAUGGGUGCAAGAGCCGGAACGCCGGCCAACUUGUUCAAGGGAAAGCACAGGAAAGGAAAGUUUCUGAUCUCAUCUAAGCAGGGGUCUCCUUUCCAGGAGGGGGCUGCUGCCCUGGGACCAGAGAAAACCCAGCUGCUUGACGAGAAGCCUCAGGGAAGCUGCUCCCCUCCUGAUGGAGAGGAUACUUUGCUCAAGGAUGGGAGACCAUCUUCCCAAGUUGUUCCCAGCUCCCUGGAUUCAAAACCAAAUGGACUCCCACCACCCUCUGGUGCCAAGAGGCAACUUCUCCAAACCCACAAGCCUUGUAGGACCCUUCAGCUGAAGCUGACCAGUAAGGCAUCCAGGAAGACCAGGAGUACCUCAAGGGUUCUGCACCUCCGGAACUCAAUGGUUCGGAUCAAAUUCCAGAGGGUCCUUCGGGGAGCGCAGAGGACUCCUCUCCAUGGCACUAGGGGGAUGAGGGAGAGGGGUCCAGCUUCAAGGCGAGGCUGCUCCCUCCUCAGCAAGACCUUCAGGCAUGAGGCGGAGAGUCCGACCUCCCCAUCCAGGUACCCGGAACUGGUGGGCAAGCGGAUCAGACAUCUGUAUGAGGAGAAUGACAAGACAGAGGCCUGGUACCAGGGGGUGGUGCUGAGGAUCCACAAGCAUCACAAGGACCCCCUCAAGACCGUGUAUGAGGUGAAGUAUGACAGCGAGCCCGAGUGGCAGUACUACCUGGAGAUCCUGCAGGACUACAAGAAAGGCUGGCUGAAAGUGGAUGAAUGA